AUGAUGAGCAAUGCAUGGGAUAAACUAUUAGCUCAAAAUGAACCCGUAGCAAACGCUAAAGAAACCUUUGAAACUACAGUGAUCAUAUACUCUCCAUCGAGGAAAACAUUACAACAAUUUACAACCAUCUGUUUUCCAGAAGGAACAAGUCCAGCGCUAGAUACUAGUCUAAUUAAUUAUGCUACAAUAGGAUGGACUAGUGAUUCAGAUCAGUGCUAUACUGUAGAUGUAUACACGCUAAUUAAAAAUAGUGCCGAUACAUUAGAUCUACUAAAACCUUUUCUUCAAGAACCGACCUCGAAGGUUCACUGGCUCAUAUUGCUAGAUUGGUCGUUAAACGAUCAGAAGCUGUGGUUAAAUGAGCUAUUCGGUACGUUCAACAAGAUCAAACAGUUGAAUGACAAUAAUAACAUUUCCCUAUGGUGCUUAAACAGUAGUGAAAUAUUCAAUUUACAGAGAAACACUACCGCAUGGCAAUCAGCCCAUAUAGACUUUAUUCUGCAAACACUAAGAUCCUUUUGUCAUUUCAAUGAAAGCUCAUUGAUCUACGUAGAUGAAGAUAGUAGUGAAGAUGAAGAAGAAGAGACGCAAAAGCUCAGAUAUCAGGAAAUCUUGAAACGCAUCAUUGAAGGCAGGGAUAUCAAAAGAUAUAUCGAAAUGGUCAAGCGUAGCAGAAUUGUAAUACCGAAAGGUUGUGAUUCCAUAGGGUUAAUAAAAACAAUAGAUGAAAGAUUUGAGCCUAGUGAGUUGGGAGAUGAUCAGUUCUUGGACAAGUAUACGGACUUCGUUCCUGCGAUAGAUGUAAUAAGGGAUAACGGGAAACCAUGCUAUGAUCUUGAUAAGCUUCAUCCGUUAUCUUCUUUCCAGGUCGACAUUCAAGAAGAGCUAGGCAAGAUGUUUGCAAAGCAUAGGGAGAGUUCAAAAGUGUAG